AUGGAGGUUCCUUCUUCUUUUAAUGUUGUGAAAAAUCAUCUUGAUCAGGUCAUCCAGGAUCCGUCCACCCCGCUCGAUGUCACCACCCUGGACAAGCUCAAGGUCGAACUCAUUGCCAAUACCAGCCAGAACGUUCUCUCUACUAUUCUCACUCAAGUUUCGCAGGUCCUCCCUAUAUUGCGUGAAGAUCCGUCUCCUUUAGUGGAAUUAGCUACCACAGCCGUUUCAUAUCUGUCUUUCACCCAACUCCAAUCAAUCCGCCCGCCCUUAAAUUUGCUCGCUGGCAUCAAAGCCCCAUCUCCACCCAUCAACCUCCUUACUUUAUCUCUGCUAAGAAAAGGUAGUAAUUCAAGCGGUGAUACAGCGAUUAUUUCUGGAAACCCAGCUCUUGUGAUCGCCCUAGUAGAGCUUUGGCUUACGGUCUCUGAAACCGCGGUCUCGCAAUCUGCUUUUGAUGUUCUAUGGGCUCUCCUAGAAGCCGACUAUGUUCAUGACUACGAAAGCGAUGUCUUCGCAGAUAAGGAGAGGAAAAAUAAGAUAGGAGGCCAGGGGCUAAUGUGGAGGAGAGUAUUCAAUGAUAGAGAUGUGUACGAACGUUUGUUUUCCAUCUGCAGUUUGGACAACUCAGAACCGCCCGGGCAUAUCAGCAGGCGAGACAAGUCGGUAGCUCAAAGCAGACUAAUGGAUUUAAUUACCAAAGCGGGAUCCAUGGAUUGGCAGGCAAUAGCGGCGUCACAUUUCCCUGACAUUGAAUCUAAGUUCGGAUGCUCCAGUUUGCUGAGUUUUGCGGCCUCUCAAAUGGUCGACCCCGACGACGUACUCUUGCACAUGACCCAUAUCCAUUUUCUCCGUGAGCUGCUUCGAAUUGAAGCUCCCGGACUCCGUCAGCGCUCUAAAGUCCAGAGUCAUUCAUAUCCACCAUUUUCUUCCCCUUCCCUCGAAUACCUCAUUUCAAGCGGCCUCCACGCCAAGAUAAUGAAUUACUAUGUCGACCCUUCAAUCCUAGACCCUGCAUACUCACCGAUUCUCUUGGGGCCAGUUAUGGGCUAUAUCUCUCAAUAUGCGAUACUAUAUCCAAAUCAUCUACUUCAGCAACCCCAAUCUUUCUUGGAUAAGAUUCUUUCGCGGAUAUCAGAGGCUUUUGACAUCCAGCCUGUUAAAUGGGCUCACGGCCCAGUUCCGACAGGUGAUCUUGACAUCCUUGCCUCUCUACCCCGAGUAAUGCUCGUAGAGGCAGGAGACAGAUGGAUAAACCCGGUACAGUCGAUACCUUCUAAGCCUAUAAAUAGUCAUGCAUUGGACGCUCUGGGCAGAAUAUUUAAGGGACCACCAGUCAUUGAAGGCGUUUCCAAUGAGCUUUUAGACCCACUUGAUCAAAAUCCAACAAGUCCCCGAGCGGAGGCCGCAGCCUCUCGUGUCUUAUAUUUUCGAUAUUUGAAUGAAAAUCCAGGUCUAUGGGCCAACGUUGUUGCUGCCGCUGACAUAGUUGCCAUGCAAGACACAGCCCUUGCAGCCAUCGCGUUCAUAAAAUCUGUCCUGACAGCAAAUUGGGUUGUGAUUCCUCCAAAUAAGAAUAGCUCAAUAACCCUUCCUAACCAACGAUUUGGUAUCCCCACCGAGGACCAGAUUUCCAAGCUUGGGCCGUCAACACAAGGCAAGCUCCCAGCCUCUGGUUUGUGGGCACUCUUUGUACCUCCAGCCCUAACAGAGGUACUGCCCUACCUUUUCAAAGCCCCACAGACAUACAAUAAUUUCGUCGCCGGUGGGGCUAGAGACACGGAGAAUGCUCUCUGGAGAAUUGCAACAGCCAAGUUCGAUGCGCUUGUUGCGCUCCAGAACGAAGUGAAGAAGGUUGAAGAACCGUUUGAAGGGUUUGACGAUAUUAUCCGAACACUUAAUAAGCGUGUUGCAGAGGGUCCGUGGGGCCCUCCGAAUCAAGUUGGCGGUCAGGUAGAUGCACUGGAGUUGUGA